GUCGACAAACGUUACGGCGUACUGAGAUAAAAAAGAAAUAAAAAGAGAAAAAGGGAACGCUGGUCGCUAACCCGUUUAUCCUGAGGGGGUGGUCACGCGGAUGAGAGAUUAAAUUAAUCAGUUUGAGCACAAAUGGCAUCGCCACGGUGGAUACUGCCGCUGCUGAUCUUGGGAACGAGCGCAAUCACGCUGAUUCCCGCGGCUCGACACUUCCAUGACGAGCUUCUCAGGAGCCCCAAAAACAUGCGGAAGCAGAGGUCCCUGGACAUGGCGGAUUCACCUGAGUAUUACAACGACCUGCACUCGUUCAAGUAUCACGGCGGCGACACCGACCGCAAGUUCGAUCGCGACUUCGACGAGGACGACGAGGAGAUCGAGUUCCUGCCUAGCGACAAUGGUCAGCUGGAAACGGUGGGGGAGGGUCUCCAGGGCUUGAAUAAUAAGCUACUCGAAAGAGCACUACUCGAUUAUUUGGAGACUCUACCCGAGCAGGAAGAACCGGUGCAGGCCUCGAUCUUUCGCGAGCGCGAGCGAAGUGGUAGCCGCAAACGGGGUGGCGCCGGCGAUCGACUGAACCUGGACAACGAAGAUCUGACGAGGUUGUUCAUGGAGGAACUGCAGAACGGUUUUCCGUACGGUGCGCUCGUGGAGGUGGACGACGACUAUCUAACUGCUUUACAAUCAAUUUACGACAGUUACAGAGCUGGUAGAGGGAACAAAGUAUACGAAACGGCAGGACCAAUGUCUUGGGGCGAGCUACUUAGCAAGGAUUCAUUGAGGAGCGAGAUGAAGGACGGCAAUGAUGAGGAGUUCGUGGAUCGCGAUCAGGAUCAGGGCAUCCUAUACUUGCCGGCGGAACGUAGGAAUGUAAACGGCCGAUUUCCUAUCGGCCGCGAGUUCGGUAGCUAUCGCAAGCUGACUAAGCGCUAUCCGGUCGCUAAGAGAAGCCCCAGGCCGACCCAAACCAGAUCAAAGACUACGGAUCCUAAGGUUGCUCAAGACCUAGGAGCCCUAUUCGGCACGCAAUUCACGAAUUCACACAAUCACACUCAUAAAUCUGAUCAUGAACACGAACACGAUCACGAUCACGAUCACGAACGUAAGCAAGAAUCUGAUCAAAAUCACGAACACAAGCACAAAUCCAAUCAGAAUCACGAACACAAGCACAAAUCCAAUCAGAAUCACGAUCACGAACACGAGCACGAUCAUGAGGGCAAGACGGAAACGCCGUCGAAAGUGACGCCGUCCCCGAAGGGCCAAAAAGAAAACUCUACGAAGACGGCCAAAUCGAAAUUCCUUCAGGUGAGGAAGAAGAGCGUCGACUGGUCGCAAUAUUUCGGCAUUGAUCGGAGGAAGAAGAAGACGACCCUCACAGCCGGACAGGGCACGCAGAAUCAGGACGACGAGUGGAUGCUGCAGCGUUACUACGAGAAUAUGGCCGAAAAUUUAAAGCCAAAGGAAGACGAGAAUGAGCGGAAGGAUAAACUCGAGCAGAUGGAUACAAAAUUGAAAUAUAUUAAGGACUUGAUUAUCGAUGAAGCUAUGAGGUACGCUGCUUCGGAGGAUAAAGUGGAUCUGCAGAAGGUGAAGGAUAAGUUAAUGUCGCGAAUGGCAGCGGCAUAUACCUUGCAGAAAAUGCAAAAAGCGCUGAACGAUCUUCGAAACAAUGUUGCGGCUCAUAAGCAGACACAGAGAACGCAAAAGGAGGCACAGCACAAUUCUACGUCUAAUUUUCGCGAAAACAAUAAUCCGAACACUAAUAGUGUUACCGGCAGUAAAGCUGACGAGAAACGGAACGAUAUUAAUAACAAUAUAGAGGAAAGCGAAUCCAUCGAGGAACCUAGAAGCUGUCCGGAAUUAGAAGCCAUCGAGUGGCGAUGCCGAACUGUGGAUAACGUAGCCGGCGACACAGCUCAAAUGCUCUACGUGCCCUGUGUGAAAUUGCAAAUCUGCAAAGCUUGCGCGCAGAACGAGGAGGGGCUGUUACCCUGCCUCGCCAACUACGCCCUGGUGGCCGGCAAGGUGUGCGACGCGUUGGAGUCCAGGGACGGGCAGUCGCGGAUGGCGGCUGCGGUGCGCGAGGGCGAAAGGCAGUCCUGCGCGAACGCUGCGUUGCUGCUGUCGCAGUUGCAGCCACCCGGGGCGGCGACCGCGCAGUGCCGCGCGCGGAACUCAUGUCUGCGGCUGUAUCAGGCGCGAUACGAGCACCGCUUCCGCACGUCGCCGGCGUACGAGGGCAGUUCCGGACGUCGCAUCCAUCACGAAGGAGCCCUCGACGCGCUGCAGCAAACCAUGUCCGAACGAUAAGGAUCAGGCGAGCGAGAGGAAGCUCCGGUCCGGCCGCGCGAUACGGUUGAACCGCCAGUUAUCCGGACGUCCAGGUAUCGCCUGAGUACCGAACGGGCUCCCCCCCCCCCCCCCUCCUCCUGACGAUCGACAUCCGACUGAACGCGGAACGAGGAUUUUUAAUUUACGCCGAAACUGUUUUGCUGUUGUAGUUAUAUUUGUUAUUUUGUUUAAUACCCCCUAGGCCUACGUUUUCUUUUACUAAAAGUCUCGUCCGGAUAACCGGCGGUUUACUGUAUUAAAAAAUCUUCCGUCGUAAUAAAGCAUGAAUCAAGAUUAGUCCUCCCUGGGUACCACACGUUUCCUUAAGCUUCUCGGAUCUCAUACAGAAAAAAGUUAAAAAAGAAAUUUAUAAGUCGAUUGUCUAUGUGAUUAUUUUAGUCACAGAGACCCCUGCGUGUGGUACCAGCUGAGGAUUAACGAGAAGCUGCGGCACACGAAAAGUCAUUCCCGAAUCGAAAUAAAAUGGAUUAGAAUAGUCAUCAAAAACCGUAUAAAUUUUUUUUUUUAAUACCGGGAAAAAGUAGCAGUAGUAGUAUGCAGAAAAGAAGAAUAGUAAAGUCCAUUUACCAACGUAGAUUAACUUUAAUCUCGGCUUAACUUUCUUUUUAUCUUUUUCUAGUUUUAAGAAUUAGAUAUGUUUUCACAUAAUAAAGAAUUUUUAAAAGUGUAAUAAGACCGUACGUAUAUGAUAGAUUAAAAAUUCUUUAUGUGAAAACACAUCUAAUUCUUAGAACUAGAAAAAGAAAAAAAGUAAGUUAAACCGAGAUUAUAAAGUUAAUUUACAUUGGUAGAAAUGGACAUUAGUUUGCAAACGUGGAGUCUCCGUUUCCUUUCGAUUCGAGAACAGGUUUCAAAAAUAUCGGUGGUACUCGACGUGAAACAGCAUUUUUCGCACACGACGCAUAUGAAUUCCUCGUCAGCGCAAGAUUUCAAAAUCCUGAAUUUAAAAAUUAAAAAAAAGGAAGAUAAUGUCUAAUUAGCGAAAUGUUGCGUUUUAUCUGUUUAAAAGAAGCUUGUAAACCCUGGAUCUAAAAGGAGAGUAGAUAAUACCUCUAAUUAAGAGAAUAAGAUGUUCUAUCUGUAUUUGCGAGGUGUGCUAUAUAUUCGUCUGGACGGAUUCACGAAACAUCCUCCCUUUCCCUCGAUCCUCCUACAUUGAACUGAACAACGAUUAACGAGUUUACAGAGACAAUAAAUAAAUGAUAUCCCCGACAGAUUUAUUUGCACGACGACUCGUAAUGAGGAAACGAACUUUGCGAAUGUUUGCCAUCCCCGAAAGGGAUACUGCAAAAUUCCAUCAAAUAUGUAGAGUUUGGACGAACGCCUCGCAAAUGAAAGUCGAGAGGAGAUCCAACGACGUAAAAAUAUAUGUGUAAAUUAUUGUGUUAAGUAUCCUAAAAAGAGAAAAAAAAAUUAUUGUCGCGAGCGCAUAUGUGUCUCCCCUUUAGCGCAUUAAUUCUUCGCGCUCGCGCCAAUCAAAAGAUUACAUUAGACGCGAUUAUAAUUUCUCGCACGCGGUAGUUACACGCGGAAUUGCCGGUUUAACGCGUUUCUCGCCGGGAGAAAACGUAACAAGAAAAAAAAAUAAAGAUAGAGAGAAAAAGAGAAAGAGAAAGGAAAGAAAGAGAAAGGAUACUUGACGCAGCUUCUAAAGAGUCUAUCUCUUCGCAAAUCUAUAUCUAUUAUUACUGUCUAUUAUAUUAUAUAUAUCAAAUGUUUACGUUACACGGCGUUAUAUGGAUACGCAUGUCGAUGGUGUCUAGUCGAUGUGUCAGUCCUAUAUUCGAAAUAUAAUAAAUAUAUUUCAACAUAAA